GGGCGCGCGGCUCCGGCGGCUACCGCGGGCGGGCGCAGGCGAGGGGGACGGCGGGCGAGCGGGCGGCAUGGCGGCGGCGGAGCCCGUGGCGGGGCCGACGGGGCCCGAGCCCAUGCCAAGCUACGCGCAGCUAGUGCGGCGCGGCUGGGGCAGCGCGCUGGCGGCGGCGCGGGGCUGCACGGACUGCGGCUGGGGGCUGGCGCGUCGCGGCCUGGCUGAGCACGCGCACCUGGCGCCGCCCGAGCUGCUGCUGCUGGCGCUCGGCGCUCUGGGCUGGACCGCGCUGCGCUCCGCGGCCACCGCGCGCCUCUUUCGGCCCCUGGCGAAGCGGUGCCGCCUCCAGCCCAGAGAUGCCGCCAAGAUGCCCGAGAGUGCUUGGAAGUUUCUCUUCUACCUGGGCAGCUGGAGCUACAGUGCCUACCUGCUGUUUGGCACCGACUACCCCUUCUUCCACGACCCACCAUCUGUCUUCUACGACUGGACGCCGGGCAUGGCGGUGCCGCGGGACAUCGCAGCCGCCUACCUGCUCCAGGGAAGCUUCUAUGGCCACUCCAUCUACGCCACGCUGUACAUGGACACCUGGCGCAAGGACUCGGUGGUCAUGCUGCUCCAUCACGUGGUCACUCUCAUCCUCAUCGUCUCCUCCUACGCCUUCCGGUACCACAAUGUGGGCAUCCUUGUGCUCUUCCUGCACGAUAUCAGUGACGUGCAGCUUGAGUUCACCAAGCUCAACAUUUACUUCAAGUCCCGCGGUGGCUCCUACCACCGGCUGCAUGCCCUGGCAGCAGACCUGGGCUGCCUCAGCUUCGGCUUCAGCUGGUUCUGGUUCCGCCUCUACUGGUUCCCGCUCAAGGUCCUGUACGCCACUUGUCACUGCAGUCUGCGCGCGGUGCCUGACAUCCCCUUCUACUUCUUCUUCAAUGCGCUCCUGCUGCUGCUCACCCUCAUGAACCUCUACUGGUUCCUGUACAUCGUGGCGUUUGCAGCCAAGGUGUUGACAGGCCAGGUGCGCGAGCUGAAGGACCUGCGGGAGUACGACGUGGCCGAGGCCCAAAGCCUGAAGCCCAGCAAAGCCGAGAAGCCACUGAGGAACGGCCUGGUGAAGGACAAGCGCUUCUGAAUCCCUCGGCCCCGCCCCCGUGGACCCGGCCCCACCCCGAAUACCCCGGCCACGCCCCCGUCCUUGGCGCCCCUCCACCCCCUCCAACUCCACGCCUCUAGGGCUGUGGCCACCUCCCCUGGGCCCCGGCCCCCUCAUCCUGCCUUCAUUCCCUGGCCACGCCCCCCCAGGACCCCUGCCCCUCCCGGGACACCGACCCCGCCCUCAGCCCACUGGUCCCGGGCCGCGGCGGACCCUGUGCACUCUCUGGCCAACACCUGGGAGGAAGAUGCUACCGCCGCGGCAAGGUCCCGGCGGCCAACACCUCCUCCUCCUCCUGGUCCUUCUGCUGCCCUCGCUAUCCCCGACCCGCGCCCCAGUCCCCCCAGGCCCAGCCGCCGCCCUGCUCCAGGCUCUCGGGCUGCGCGAUGCGCCCCAGGGCGCCCCCAGGCUCCGGCCGGUUCCCCCGGUCAUGUGGCGCCUGUUUCGACGCCGGGACCCCCAGGAGACCAGGUCUGGCUCGCGGCGGAUGUCCCCAGGGGUCACCCUGCAACCGUGCCACGUGGAGGAGCUGGGGGUCGCCGGAAACAUCGUGCGCCACAUCCCGGACCGCGGUGCGCCCACCCGGGCCUCGGAUCCUGCCUCAGCUGUGGGGCAUUGCCCUGAGUGGACAGUCGUCUUCGACCUGUCGGCUGUGGAAUCUGCUGAGCGCCCGAGCCGGGCCCGCCUGGAGCUGCGUUUCGCGGCGGCGGCGGCCCCGGAGGGCGGCUGGGAGCUGAGCGUGUCGCAGGCGGGCCAGGGGACGGGCGCAGGCCCCGGGCCGGUACUGCUCCGCCAGUUGGUGCCCGCCCUGGGGCCGCCAGUGCGCGCGGAGCUGCUGGGCACCGCUUGGGCUCGCAACGCCUCAUGGCCGCGCAGCCUCCGCCUGGCGCUGGCGCUGCGCCCCCGGACCCCUGCCGCCUGUGCGCGCCUGGCCGAGGCCUCGCUGCUACUGGUGACCCUCGACCCGCGCCUGUGCCACCCCCUGGCCCGGCCGCGGCGCGACGCCGAACCCGUGUUGGGCGGCGGCCCUGGGGGCGCUUGUCGCGCUCGGCGGCUGUACGUGAGCUUCCGCGAGGUGGGCUGGCACCGCUGGGUCAUCGCGCCGCGUGGCUUCCUGGCCAACUACUGCCAGGGUCAGUGCGCGCUCCCCGUCACGCUGUCGGGGUCUGGGGGGCCGCCGGCGCUCAACCACGCUGUGCUGCGCGCGCUCAUGCACGCAACCACCCCGGGAGCCGCCGACUUGCCUUGCUGCGUGCCCGCGCGCCUGUCGCCCAUCUCCGUGCUCUUCUUUGACAACAGUGACAACGUGGUGCUGCGGCAGUAUGAGGACAUGGUGGUGGACGAGUGCGGCUGCCGCUAACGAGGGGCGGGCGAGGACGCGGGCCCAACAAUAAACGUCGCGUGGUCUGCUC